AUGGCUCUCUGGGUGAACUCAUGGCAAUUCUGCGGGCCUAUGAUUCGGGUGCCAAGGAACGCGGGUGGUCGGCCCGGCGUUGCCAUCAGCCAACACCAGGCCGUCUCAGAGUUUUUGGCUGAAUCUGAAGAUGUCUUUGAGACGGCUGCGAGUGCGAUGAUCGUUUUGACAGGCAGCUUUUACAUGUGGAACAACCUCCAGUUUGGCAACGCACAAGAUGCCGAGAUUGAAAGGGUGGUGAGGGAGCUUUUGCAGCCUUUCCAGCCCGCAUUUGAAGAGGAGAUGGCUGUUGAAAGGGAGGUUACGAAGACGUUGAGACAGGGCUUCGCAGAAUGGAAAGGGCAUGCCACCAUCAUCAGUGGCCGACGGGGCUCAGGUAAGACUUGGGCGUGGCAAUCGGCUCUGAAGAACGCCCCGGGCGUCGCAGUGGUUUCAAUGUCAGCAGGGCAAGUGCCCAGAGAGGCCAUUGCAGCAGAGUAUGGCAUCGACUUUUGGGCUUUCAAGGAGGUCCUGAAGCAGAUCAAGAUGAAGCUGGCGCAAACUGAUGGUCUGCUGGAUGUGCCUGUAAUAGUGCUGGAGGUCCAGCAUGCGACGCGAAGGGUUGUGGAAGGCAUCCAUUCCUUCGCAAAGGCGCUAUCGUCUGAUGAGCAGUUGGCUCAUGUGGUUGUUUGUGAUGCAGGGCUUGUGGCGCCCUUGUUCAUGCUGUGGGGCCACCAGGGUGCGCAAGUCUGGGUGGGAGAGUUGUCCCCAGCAGAGGCAAGAGCAUUAUUGGACAAGCAAGGCUGUCCAGAGAAGGAAUUGCAAAGAUACAUCGACUUCUGCGGAUUCUACGCAGCAGAUUUGGCCAGUGCUGUGGAAGGGACCCUGGAAGAUCUGUGCGUGCGACGUUGGGAGGUCGCCAGAGGCGAAGUGGCCCGCUUCAGGCGUUUCAAAGAUUUGUCAUGUGUCCAGAGUUUCAAUGGAGCCGAGCUGCUCAACGCACUCCGUCUGGCGCCAGGCGCACAGCAGCUCUAUGGCUACAGCUGCUACAAGGUGAUCAGUUGGAUGGAACAGAACGACUGUCAUGCUGUGGUAUGGCAUCCAGUGAAUCUUACUUACUCCUUUGCCUCCGAAAUUCAUCGCCGAGUGGCGGAGGUUCCGGAGCCACCAGCAGUGGCUGCACUGGAGGAGGAGCUCCCUCCCAAUGACCCCGAACUCGACGCAGUUUGGGAUUCCUUCUUCCCAGCUGUGCCAGUACCAGAAGAGGCACCGGAGCAUCCGGACCUGCCGCCGGCAGCGCCCGCAGAGGCACCGCCGGCGGAGGAAGUGCCGGCCGUGGAGGAAGCAGGGCCUGUGAAGGGGCAGGAUGUGACAUCCAUGAGUCGAAGGGAACGUAUUCGGCUCCUCGAACGCGAGGAAGCGCUGCUGACCCAAGUCGAUGCCCAGUUCGCACAGCAAGAGGCAGCAGCCGCAGCAGUUCCCCCGGCCCCGGCCGAGACGGAGAACCAGGACAGCGCCCAGCUGGCAUUGGAUGCGGCCAACGCGCUCCACGAACACCUCCAGGGCAUCACCGGCGAUUCCGGUGACCACGGCAGCGACGACCGCGCGGCGGCGCGGAGGGAGCGCAUCGCGCAGCUGGAGCGAGGCGUGGCGGGAGAACGCUUCGUGGAAGACGAGACAGAGAGCACGGAGAAGAGCGACGCCCACUGGCUCGACGCCCGGCGCCAGCAGCGCAAGACCCGGCUGCGGCAGAAGGCGCGGGGCGAGGUCGUGUCGCCUGAGGUGGAGAUCAACACGCUGCUGCCAGAAGAUGCAGUGGAAGGCCUGGCCAACGAUUCUCAGCAUGAGGCCGCCUGCAAGUGCUUGGCGCGACAAGCGCAUCGCUUGAGCACAGAGCGGUUGCUGAGAGCGGUGGAGCUGUUGCUCCUUGGCGGAUGCAGCGAUGAGGAAGGCCGCGCCCUCACAUCCGCGGCCGCCGAGGCCAUUUUGGGCAGUCUGGCCACGGCCAUGGGGUCCUUGUCCUUGGAGCAGUUGAUGAACUGCUUGAAACUCAUGGCACUCACCGGGCAGCAGGAGCAAACCACUCUGGACAUGCUGUUGGCUCAGCAAGUGUCGGAGUUCAAGGACCAUGAGCUCGCAGGCCUGGGUGCCAGCUUUGUCUUGAACUACACGGACGAUGUCCUGCGACGGCUGGUGAUCCGACAGGCCGCAACGCUGCAAGCGGGUCUGGCCAGUGAGGGGCCGAGGACACAUUCCUUUGCAUUCAUCGCCAGCUUGCCGGAUGAAAGCAAGGACUACCUCUUGAAGUUGAAGAUGAUCCGUCAGGAGGCAGCUGCCAGAGCUGUUCUGAGUAGUGCGACUUCGGUCCAUUUCUACGACACUGGCGAGUUGCCUCCACGGAUCUCCAACAAAGACAGCCUGGCGGAGAACGAUGACGUGCCGCUGGAAAACUCCGUCGACCUGGAAGUGCCAGGUAUCAGGGCCAUUCACGCGUUCUUCCGCAAGCGUCCGGCCUCCGCCCCCGUCUCCCGGGCUGGGGCUGUGCCGGCGGCGCUCCACAUCAAGAGCUUGGAGUUGGGCGCAGUCGCCAGGCCAGCCACUCCUUCCAGUCAUGGCCUGCCAUCGGGCUUAGCGCGGCGCCGCCGAAACUUGGCUCGGAGGAGUUUGUCCGCUACACCUGGCGUCGCGGCAGAUCCGAAACCUCAGGUCGAAUUGGGCCCCAUGCUGCAGCUGCUUCCCAGCCCCCCUGCGCCCAGAGCCGGUCGUGAGGGCUUCCCAAGGCGUGUUGGCUGGGCACAAGUCUGGAACCCUGAGGGACGACCACAGAUGAAACCCGUGAAGCUCACACUGCGCUAG